AUGUGUGCCACUACAACUAUGAGAGAAAACACAACAAAUGAUAUAUCCUGCUCAUACAGUGAUAAUGAUACUACAAGUAUCGGAUACAUAUCGAUAAAAGAUUUUGCAUAUGAAAACUCAAACCCGUUACAUUAUGGAUAUUUUAAUGAACAACAAGAUGAAAAUUCAAUUAAUAAUGAUGAUAUUCAUAUAGAUGCAGAUGCAGAACAAGAAGCAGACGCAGAAGCAGAUAUAGAAGCAGACGGAGAAGAUGAAGGUAAAAGAUCCAGUAUUUAUUUACCAAACAAUUAUAUAAUAAAUCAAAAGGCAAUUGCAUUAUAUGAUUUUGUACCUGAAAAUGAUAAUGAAUUGCAAUUAGUGGAAGGUGAUAUUAUUUUUAUCAAUUAUAAGCAUGGUCAAGGUUGGCUAGUGGCUCAAAAUUUGAACAAUAAUAAAAUAGGUUUAGUACCUGAAGAAUUUGUAUCAUAUUUAGAUGAAGAAGAUUUUACAGAUGAUGAUGAACAAGAUGAAAAUAUUAGACCGUUUUAUUUAACUCAUUUAAUCACUCAGAAUAUUAAAAAAGAUGUCACUGAUGAUGAAUGGGAAGAUAUAUCAAACCAUUCUUCUUCAUCUUCACAAGCUAAUUCUCCAACAAAUGAUCAUUCUAAAUUAGCGUCUGAUUUAGAAAAAAAUUAA